UUUUUCUGUAGAGGGCCAAGAAGGAUUAUUUUUGAAAAGUUGAGGGAAUUUUUUUCUGGUUGUAAUCCAAUUCUAAACACACUCAAACUUAUAGACAAUUUGAGUGGCAUCUUAAUAUGUGACUAGAAUAUGUGACUAGUUUGACCAUGCCACCACAACCUUCCCCUUUAAAUUCACCUCUGCCUUUCAUUUCCAUGGACUCUUCCACACCUCUCCUUUAGCUUUAAGAAAACUUUCAGAGCCUCUCCAUCACUCACAUGCUAACAGUACCAAGGUGUUCUCAAGAAAUGGGUUCACUAGCUUCUAGCUUUCUCAAACAAAAUAACAUUUUAUUCUCUGGAUUUUUCAUGAUUCUAGUCUUGUGCUGCAUGCCAGAUAGAAGCAAACAUACUCCCAACCACUUUUUUGCUGCCCCAAGAACUCCACCCUAUUCAAGUACCUCCAAGGUUCAUUUUUCACUGAAAAAACUACCCCUAGAUGGCUACUUCAGUUUUGAGAACAUACACUGUGCAGCCAAGGACUUUGGUAACAGAUACCACUUCCUCCCAUCAGCAGUUCUAUAUCCAAAAUCAGUUUCUGAUAUUUCUUCUACAAUAAAGCACAUUUUUUAUAUGGGCUCCACAACAAAUCUUACAGUUGCAGCUAGAGGCCAUGGUCACUCCCUCCAAGGUCAAGCACAAGCUCAUCAAGGAGUUGUUAUCAACAUGAAAUCACUUCAACCAAAGAUGCAUGUGCACACGGGGCAGAUGCCUUUUGUGGAUGUUCCAGGUGGUGAGUUGUGGAUUAAUAUCCUACUUGAGACAAUUAAAUAUGGGCUUGCACCUAAGUCUUGGACAGACUACCUUCAUCUGACAGUUGGGGGUACUUUAUCAAAUGCUGGAAUUAGCGGUCAGGCAUUCCGGCAUGGACCCCAGAUCAAUAAUGUUCACCAAUUAGAGGUUGUUACAGGGAAGGGAGAAGUGCUCACCUGUUCAGAGAACCAAAAUGCUGACCUCUUUUAUGGUGUUCUUGGCGGCCUGGGGCAGUUUGGCAUCAUAACCCAGGCUAGAUUAUCUCUUGGACCGGCACAAAAGAUGGUUAAGUGGAUCAGGGUGCUUUACUCAGAAUUCUCAACAUUUUCCAAUGACCAAGAGCAUUUGAUAUCCUCAGAGAAUACGUUUGACUAUAUUGAAGGAUUCGUAAUAAUAAACAGAACUGGACUCCUCAAUAACUGGAGAUUGUCCUUCAAACCCAAAGACCCAAUUCAAGCCAACCAAUUCAGUUCAGAUGGAAAGAUUCUUUACUGCCUAGAAGUGGCUAAAUACUUUGACCCAGAUGAGAUAGAAGAAGUGAACAAGAAAAUUGAGAGAUUAUUGUCAGAGUUGAACUUUAUUCCAUCAACACUCUUCCUAUCAGAAGUUUCGUACGUUGAAUUCCUGGAUAGAGUUCAUCUGUCUGAGAAAAAACUCCGUGCAAAAGGAUUAUGGGAAGUUCCCCAUCCAUGGUUGAAUCUUCUAAUACCCAAAAGCAGAAUUCUAGACUUUGCUAAGGAGGUCUUUGGAAAUAUUCUUACAGACAAUAGCAAUGGCCCUAUCCUCAUUUACCCUGUCAACAAGUCCAAGUGGAACAAUAAAACAUCUAUGGUCACCCCAGCUGAAGACAUAAUCUACUUGGUGGCAUUCCUAUCUUCUGCAACUCCAUCUUCCACAGGAAAAGAUGGUUUGGAACACAUUGUAACCCAAAACCAAAGAAUUCUUGAUUUCUGUGACAAGGCAAAUCUUGGUAGUAAGCAAUAUUUGCCCCAUUACAGCAAUCAAGAAGAGUGGGAAGCUCACUUUGGUCCUCAAUGGGAAACCUUUGUACAAAGAAAAUCUGCCUAUGACCCAUUGGCAAUCCUUGCUCCUGGACAAAGAAUCUUUCAGAGGACAAUACCAAACUCAUGAUGUGGGUUCUCAUCAAGGCCAAUGUUACACAAAAGGCAUUUAAGUUGUAAAUAUUAUUAUUCCUAAACUUGUAAAUUAUUGCAAACUAAAGCCCACUCUUUUUCAGCACCCACAAGAUUUCAAAAGUCAUAAGGAAAUAGAAGAAAGUGGGAUACCAGAA